UAAGAAAUAAUUUUUCCACGAACAUGGUUCGACCAGAAACGACUAUUUCCCCCGAGAUUUAGCAUACUUCGCCGGCAUUAGACAAAACGGACAAGACGAAAGCGCUAUUCUACCGGUUCUCCCCACAGUGGACCGAUGGUGCGCCUUCAACACGGUUUCCUUCUGCCCUUUAUUAUUGUAGCGUGGACCGAGGUGGCACUAUCUGCAUGUCCUGCCUUAUUCUCUUCCGCCGCUAAGAAGUCUUGUUUAAUGUAGGUAGUUACCUGGUACACAAUAACAUAGAAUUCACUGGUUCCUGCAGCGUCUAUUCAGCCGCGAUCGCUCCUAGGAUCAUGCCGAAGUUAGGAGGUAGAUUAGGACCGGGGUCUGUUUCCUACCCCUAAGGUAUUCCAAGUUGUAGGAUGUAGAAGUAGAUACCUGGUAUAGAAACAUUCAAUAUUGACAAGAGCACUGCCCAGUCUCAUAAUUAAUGUAAUAUUUCACAGUUCCUCGUGCUUUUCUAUUGUUUACUUCUGUCAAGAUAUCCGGCAGCCUACAAACCUGUAACAAUUCAUCAGAUACUCAAAGUCAAAAACGAUACUAUACCUAGGUCCCUAUAGGUAUCUUUCUAACCUGAAAACAAACCCGCAAUACCAAGAUAUCAUGACCAGUGAUAUCAAAGCAUCCGUCCUCCAUGGGGCGAGAGAUCUCCGAGUUGAAAUCCGCCAGCUACCGGAGCCGGCCUCCGACGAAGUCCAGGUAGCGGUGCAGAUGACCGGCCUCUGCGGCUCGGACCUGCACUACUUCCGGCAUUUUCGGAACGGCACGAUUGAGGUGCGUGAGCCGUUAACCCUAGGCCACGAGUCCGCCGGGACCGUUGUCGCCGUGGGUCGGAAUAGUUCGUCCGCAUCAUCCUUAAAGGUUGGCGACCGCGUCGCGCUUGAAGUCGGUCUGCCCUGCGAGGUCUGCGAUCUAUGUCGGGGAGGGCGCUACAACCUCUGCAAGGGCAUGAGCUUCCGCAGUUCUGCUAAGGCUUUCCCACAUGCCCAAGGGACACUGCAGGACAAGAUUAACCACCCAGCUAGGUGGUGCCAUAAAUUACCAGAUACUCUAUCCUUAGAGCACGGAGCUCUCGUAGAACCCCUUUCCGUCGCGAUACACGCCCGGAACCGCGCUGCGUUGAAGUCUGGAUCGACUGUACUAGUCUUGGGUGCUGGAACCGUAGGUUUGCUUUGCGCGGCUGUCAGCAAGGUAGCUGGAGCCAAGACAGUUGUUAUAGCGGAUAUACUUGAGGACCGUGUCAAGUUCGCCGUCGAUAACGGAUUUGCCGACGUUGCAUUCACGGUACCAACCUCAAACUCGAGGCCUGAAACUGUUGAAGAUAAACUGGCAUACGCACAAGAUCUAGCUGAAAAGCUGAAAUCGUUAAACGUCAAGGGAAGUGCUGAUGUCCUUGGCGAAGUCAAUGUAACCUUCGAAUGCACAGGUGUUGAGCCAUGCAUGCAAGCGGCUAUAUACGCGACGAAACCCGGUGGAAAAAUAAUGAUCAUUGGUAUGGGCAUGCCUGUCCAAACACUACCCAUAAUGGCCGCGUCUCUCAAGGAAGUCGACCUAGUCGGUGUAUUCCGAUACGCCAACGCAUAUCGCGAAGCCAUCGAGCUGCUUGCAAGCGGGAACCCUGUGCUACCUAACGUGCUAAAACUCGUCACGCAUCGGUUCCGGGGUUUAGAUGAUGUACCUGGCGCGUUUGAGACUGCCGCCAAAGUAAAAGACGAAAAGGGGGAUUUAGUUAUCAAGGUUAUGGUUGAUAUGACACAGUAGAUGGGCGCUACUUGUUCAAGAUUAGACAGAGAGUAUCAGAGUUCCUCCUAUACUAAACACACUGAAGAGCCAUCCAUCUCCCGAAGUUCCAGGCACUAACACUGAGAACUGAACUCGAUAGCACCUGACUUAUAAGAAUCCUAAAACGA